GAUGAUUUUUAUUCACAUAUAACAAAAAUAACAAAAGCCAAAAAAUGGAGCUAGAGACCUCGGUUUAUCGACCAAACGUCGCCGUCUAUGAUUCCCCCGAUGGUGUGGAGGUUCGAGGACGAUACGACCAAGUCUUCGCUAAGAUUCUGACAAGAGAUGCUCUUGGGUUCGUGGCUGAGUUACAGAGAGAGUUUCGUGGGCAUGUGAGGUACGCUAUGGAGUGCCGUAGAGAGGUCAAACGGCGUUACAACUCUGGUGCUGUCCCUGGGUUUGACCCUUCCACUAAGUUCAUCAGAGACGGUGAAUGGGUUUGUGCCUCUGUCCCUCCCGCUGUUGCUGACCGGAGAGUUGAGAUAACCGGUCCGGUCGAGAGGAAGAUGAUCAUCAAUGCUCUUAACUCUGGAGCUAAAGUCUUCAUGGCAGAUUUUGAGGAUGCAUUGUCUCCGAGCUGGGAGAAUCUGAUGAGAGGGCAAGUGAACUUGAAAGAUGCUGUUGAUGGAUCCAUUACGUUUAACGACAAGGCAAGGAACAAAGUUUACAAGCUCAACGACCAAGUUGCUAAGCUUUUUGUCAGGCCACGAGGCUGGCAUCUCCCUGAGGCUCACAUCCUCAUCGACGGUGAGCCAGCCACCGGAUGUCUCGUCGACUUCGGUCUUUACUUCUUCCACAACUACGCCAAGUUUAGACAGACUCAAGGUUCCGGUUUCGGACCCUUCUUCUAUCUCCCCAAAAUGGAACACUCUAGAGAAGCAAAGAUAUGGAACAGUGUGUUUGAGCGAGCUGAGAAGAUGGCUGGUAUAGAGCGAGGAAGCAUUAGAGCCACUGUGCUGAUCGAGACCCUCCCAGCUGUUUUCCAGAUGAAUGAGAUACUAUAUGAACUAAGGGAUCAUUCGGUGGGUCUAAACUGUGGAAGAUGGGACUAUAUCUUCAGCUAUGUCAAGACCUUCCAGGCUCACCCUGACCGUCUCUUACCAGACCGUGUCCUAGUUGGUAUGGGGCAACAUUUCAUGAGGAGUUACUCUGAUCUUCUCAUUCGUACUUGUCACAAGCGUGGUGUCCACGCCAUGGGCGGCAUGGCGGCUCAGAUUCCCAUAAGAGAUGAUCCGAAAGCGAAUGAGAUGGCACUGGACCUAGUGAAGAAAGACAAGCUAAGAGAAGUAAGAGCAGGACACGAUGGAACAUGGGCGGCUCAUCCAGGACUCAUCCCAAUAUGCAUGGAUGCAUUCAGCCACAUGGGCAACAAUCCAAACCAAAUCAAAUCAAUGAAGCGUGAUGACGCAUCCGCAAUAACAGAGGAAGAUCUGCUUCAGAUACCGCGAGGAGUGCGCACACUGGAGGGUCUAAGGCUGAACACACGUGUGGGGAUCCAAUACUUAGCCGCGUGGCUAACAGGAUCAGGAUCUGUCCCACUCUAUAACCUGAUGGAAGAUGCUGCUACGGCCGAGAUAAGCCGUGUCCAGAACUGGCAGUGGAUUAGGUAUGGAGUGGAGCUGGACGGAGACGGGCUUGGAGUUAGGGUGAGUAAAGAGUUGUUUGGGAGAGUUGUGGAAGAAGAGAUGGAAAGGAUCGAGAAAGAAGUUGGGAAAGAUAAGUUUAAGAGAGGAAUGUAUAAGGAAGCUUGCAAGAUGUUUACAAAGCAGUGUACUGCAGCUGAGCUUGAUGAUUUUCUUACACUUGCUGUUUAUGAUCAUAUUGUAGCUCAUUACCCAAUCAAUGCGUCAAGGCUCUGAAAGAAGAAAAGAAGAUGCAAGGGAGAGAGAGAUAGUUUGAGAUAUGAAUGUUGUGCUUUUGUGUUGUAUGUUUGUUUCUCAUUUGCUUUUUGUGUUUCUAUAAGUUUCUAUAUGUUGGUAUAUUGUAAUAAGCAGGACUUGUUGUUUUUAUCUCCAAUAUGAAAUAAAUGUUCUAUAGCAUCAUUAUUAUGUGUAUGGCUAUAGCAUUGUUUAUUCGAUGAUAGAAUUCAAAAUAUAUAAAAUGUAAUUGACUGUUUGUUAUUUCUUUUUCUAUUUUUGGUCUUCUGAUUCUUUGGAGCUGCUAGGUUUCUGUGAUAUACGUGAAAAAUAUAUGAAUGAUAAAUGUAAAAACUAAAUGAAAGAUAAUUGCAUGAUUGAUGAAGUGUUGUUCUGGUUUUUUAGUAUUUAAAAUUCUGAGCUGAAACUUUUAAUGUCAUCAAGUGUGCCCAAAGUGAUAAAACUUGUAAUACGUUAAGAAUUUGCUCAAUAUCCUCCACCUAAAGGGUCCCAAACCAUGUUCAAACCAAUGGCUAGUUUUCCAUCAACCAAUAUCUUAGGAUCUCACUAUCUUAGAGAAGAAUGAUUGUUAUAUGAAGGGUCCUAAACCAAUAUCAAACCAAUGGCUAGUUUUCAUUCAUAUGAAGCAUGCUACGCUGGUGACUCGGUUUGCUUGACUUUUGUACCAACCCUCCAAAAUGUCAGUCAAAAAUUCAAAACACAACAACAACACAAUAGGAAGCUAUAAUAAUAAGCCUUAGAUGCAAAGUAAGAUUCAAAACAAAUACUUUCCACAAGUUCUCUCAGAAGAAAACAAAGUAAAAGUUCUAACGGGUUCGAUGGGCUUAGAAUUUUCCACGGAUUGGGCCCGGCGUAGAAAAUUCGCUUAGCUCAAACAGACCGGGAAAAAAUGAACCGAUUCGGUUAUUGAAAACGGAGUCGAGACUUGUGACCUGGUUUUUAAGCACUCCUAUAAAAGCUAAAGAGAACGCCUCUCGCUCUCAUCUCUGGAAAAUUAGGGUUCUCGCUUCUUCUCUAACCGCCGCUAAGCUCCCACCAUCUCUACAGAAUGGAUUCUCAGAUUAAGCACGCCGUGGUGGUGAAGGUGAUGGGACGUACGGGGUCAAGGGGUCAGGUGACUCAGGUUCGAGUCAAGUUCACUGACUCUGAUCGUUUCAUUAUGCGAAAUGUUAAAGGGCCUGUGAGGGAGGGAGACAUCCUCACCUUGCUCGAGUCCGAGAGAGAGGCCAGGAGACUUCGUUGAUUCACCUGCAAGAACACAGAGCAAUGUCUGCUUAGUUCCUUUUUUUUUUUGCUUCUUGUGUCUGGAUUAGUGAUUAUGCACUUUUGGAUUGUGUUUGGUUGUUGCUAUAAGACAAUUCCUGGAUUGAUAUUUGUUCUGGUUUUUUGAGGGUCUUCAGAGUUUAUUGUUUCAUCUUCA